AUGUUUUCGCGGACCAGAAGUUUUUUGCCAUCGAGGUUCUUUGUCCUGUCACCAAAGCUGUUUCCACAACUUUUUACAUUUUCUUCCAAGCAUUCUGGAGGUCUAUACAAAGUAUUAGAUUUGCCAUCAGAUGCUACCAAUAGGGAAAUCAAAGAUGCCUUCUAUAAGCUCUCUAAAUUCUUCCAUCCCGAUAUUUCAAAAGAUUCAUCUACCAGAGCAAAGUUUGAAGAAAUAAAGCAGGCUUAUGAAAUUCUUGGGAAUCCUACCAUGCGACAAAAAUACGACCGAGGAUUAGUUAGCCCAGCAAAGGGUUUUGUGUCUGACAGAGCCACAGAGGCCGAUAAAGUAGAUCUGGAGAGUGUCAUAGAUGCUUCAGAAAAAUCUUUUGCCACUGCCUAUGCGGAUCGUUAUAAC